UGUGGUAAUUUCCUUUUUUUUUUUUUUUAUUCACGAGGUGGGUCGAUCUGAUUUUGGCUCUAGAUUGGCGAGUCUGAUUUGUUUUUGUGAUUUGGAUUGUUUAAGAUCGGUGGGUUUGUUUUGAAGAUUGAGUUUGAUUCAAAUUUUCUGGGUUUAAUUUGAAAUGGUCUAUUUCCAUAGCUCAAUCUCGGUCUGCAAGUCGGUCGACCAAUCAACAACGCUCAUGGCAAAUUCUGUGAAUUCUAAUGAGUUGCAUCCAAAAACAAGGCACAGUAAUCAUGUGCACAAGAGUAGAAAAACAAAUAAUCAUUCAAAUUGUGCUAGCAUCCCUGUUUGUGAUCGAUCUCGAUCAGCUGUUAUUGAUGUUGUGAUCUUGAUUGCUGUUAUUGGUGCUUGUGGGUUCUUAUUAUUUCCUCAUAUCAAGUUUGUAACCCUCUAUUUGAUUGAAUUUGUUGGUGCCAUUCAUUAUGUGGUCAAAGAGGAGGUUAUGACAAAUCCAAUGAUAUAUGCAUCUAUAGGGAUUGGUACUUUUUGUGCUGCAAUAGCUGCAUGGAUAGUAAUCAUAUGCACCACGAGGAAAUGUGGGAAUCCGAAUUGUAAGGGCCUAAGGAAGGCAGCUGAAUUUGAUAUUCAGCUGGAGACAGAGGAAUGUGUGAAGAAUUCAAAUGGUACUUUGGUGAAGGAUGGGGCGAAAAGAGGUCUAUUUGAAUUGCCUCGCGAUCACCAUCGGGAAUUGGAGGCUGAACUGAAGAAGAUGGCACCACCAAAUGGAAGAGCAGUCCUGGUGUUUCGAGCAAGAUGUGGAUGCUCUGUUGGAAGAUUGGAAGUUCCAGGACCAAAGAAGCAGAAGAAGGUCAAGAAGUAGGACUUAUUAUAUUUCUUAAUUUUAUAGGAGGGAUAUAUAACCAAUACAGAAGUUCAGUCAUAAGGAAGAGAGGAGAGUCUUCUCUGAUACAUCUUCUCAGGAGCUACUUUGUCCUCUAAUAAGCUGAUUGCAAUAAGUUGUAAGGGGUUAUAUAUACAUUUUGUUAUAGUGGAGAAUAUAAGAAUCCUUUCUUUCAUUAA